GACAGCACAGGGGACGCGGGAACGGGAGCCGGCGCGUGAGGAGGAGGGGUAUUGGGGGAAAACAAGAACACCACCCGACCGCACUUUACGGCCGGGCUAGGGGGCACGUCAACAGCGAUGGCGGAAGGGGAAGAGGCGCCGCCGCCGUCGAGCAGCUGUGAACCUCGUGUUUUACCACUGCUCUGCUACAUGAUAUUGAAAUUCCUGAAAUCAUCAGAUGUGGUUGUCUCAUUGACAGCAUGGAACCGUUGAAACAGUCUGCAGAAGCUAUCAGAGAGAUUGCAAAGGAAAAAGAUCUUGCAGACACUUUAGAAGAAGGAGGCUGUGAUCUUGAAACCGUGAGAAAUAUCAUUCAAGGAAGGCAAUUGCCUGCUGAUCUAAGGGCCAAAGUCUGGAAGAUUGCGCUUAAUGUUGUAGGAAAGGGGGACAGCCUAGCAUCCUGGGAUGGUUCUUUAGACCUACCUGAGCAGAGUAUAAUUCAUAAGGAUUGCCAAGAGCUAAUUGACCAGUUGUCAGUGCCAGAAGAGGAGAAGUCACUACUACUUUUGGAUAUCGAGUCUGUUAUUACUUUUUAUUGUAAAUCACGCAAUGUUAAAUAUAGUUCUUGCCUUGGCUGGAUUUAUCUACUCAAACCUCUGGUGCAACUUCAUUUGCCACGCAGUGAUUUAUACAACUGCUUUUAUGCUGUCAUGAAUAAAUUCAUUCCAAGGGAUUGUAUUAUGAAGGGAAGACCAUUUCAUCUGUUUAGACUGCUUCUUCAGUAUCAUGAGCCUGAACUCUGCUCCUUUCUUGAUACUAAGAAGAUGACUCCAGAUUCAUAUGCACUCAACUGGCUUGGAAGCCUCUUCUCAUAUUACUGUUCAGCAGAAGUCACUCAGGCAAUAUGGGAUGGAUAUCUACAACAAGCAGAUCCAUUCUUUAUUUAUUUCUUAAUGUUAAUUAUCCUUGUCAAUGCAAAAGAUGUUAUCUUAGCACAAGAAUCAGAUAAAGAAGAAAUGAUAAAGUUCUUAGAAACUUCACCAGCCAAUCUUGAUUUAGAAGAUAUAGAAGAUCUCUUCUCUUUGGCACAAUAUUACUGUAGCAAAACUCCAGCUUCUUUCAGGAAGGACAACCACAGUCUUUUUGGCAGCAGCUUGCUGGGCCUCAAAGAUGAUGACACAGACUUGAGCCAGGCUCUCUGUCUAGCGGUUUCUGUGUCAGAGAUUCUUCAGGCAAACCAGCAACAAGGAGAAGGAGUAAGGUUCUUUGUAGUGGAUUGUCGUCCUGCAGAGCAAUACAAUGCUGGGCAUUUAUCAACAGCAUUUCAUUUAGACUCAGAUUUGAUGCUUCAAAACCCAUCAGAAUUUGCACAGUCUGUAAAAUCCCUAUUAGAAGCACAAAAACAGUCUAUUGAAUCUGGCUCCAUAGCAGGUGGGGAACAUCUCUGCUUCAUGGGAAGUGGCAGGGAAGAAGAAGAUAUGUAUAUGAACAUGGUGCUAGCACACUUCUUACAGAAAAAUAAGGAGUAUGUAAGCAUUGCUAAAGGCGGAUUUAUGGCCCUCCAGCAGCACUUAGCAGAUAUCAAUGUGGAAGGACCAGAAAAUGGAUAUGGCCACUGGAUUGCUAGCACCUCAGGCUCAAGAAGUAGCAUAAACUCCUCUGUUGAUGGUGAUUCUCCUAAUGGUUCAAGUGAUGGAAAAGGAGUAAAGUCCCUGGUGAAUAAAAUGACGGUUGCUUUAAAGACUAAAUCUGUGAAUGUGAAAGAAAAAGUUAUUAGUUUUAUUGAAAAUACAUCUACUCCAGUGGACAGAAUACCUUUCAAUAUUCCCUGGCCAGACAGAGCAAGCCUGGAGCGACAUGUAAGCAGCAGUGACAGAGUAGGAAAACCCUACCGUGGUGUGAAACCAGUAUUCAGCAUCGGAGAUGAAGAAGAAUAUGAUACUGAUGAAAUUGAUAGCUCUUCGAUGUCAGAUGAUGAUCGAAAAGAGGUCGUCAACAUCCAAACAUGGAUAAAUAAACCUGAUGUGAAGUAUAACUUCCCCUGUAAUGAAGUAAAAGAAAAUGGACAUAUGUUUCCCAGUCAUCUCCUAGUAACAGCAACUCAUAUGUACUGUUUGAGAGAGAUUCCAUCACGAAAAGGACUGGCUUAUAUACAGUCUCGACAGGCACUCAACUCUGUAGUCAAAAUCACAUCCAAGAAGAAACACCCAGAACUGAUCACCUUUAAAUAUGGAAAUAGCAAUACUUCAGGCAUAGAAAUUUUGGCAGUUGAAAGGUAUUUGAUUCCAAAUGCAGGUGAUGCUACCAAAGCCAUAAAACAACAGAUCAUGAAAGUAUUGGACGCCUUGGAGAGUUAAUAACUAAAGACUUUGUAGAGAAUGGUUUAUAAAGAAGCAACCAAGAUACUGUAUGUGGACACAAGCUGGCUGUUUCCCAACUGAGUACUAACUUAAGAGAAUUUUUCUGUUUGCUGAUGGGAGUGCCUGAGUAGCAGGCUUAAGAUAGGGUAAAUUAUUAUCAACUUCUGAACGGGAUUUUUAAUUUUUUAAUUAUAUUGGGUUUGUUUUGAAGAAAUGUUUAUUAUAAAGGUCAGUUUGUUUCAUUUUGAAUGCAGCCUUAAUGUGAGUCAUCCGCAUCUUUGCAAGAGAAGAUGCAGCUAGGCUUGCAAUAAGUGUGUUAAAGUAAAGAAGCACUGUCAGAUACGGAGAAGCAGUUGAUCGCUUGAAAGUAAAAUGUCUCUAUUACAUACAGUAUAUAAAUCUGAUUUUGCCUACUGGGUAGUAUCAAGGACUGAUUGAUACUUAGGUUUAUGAGCAGAACAGAUAAAGAUCCUAGCAAUACUGGGUCCUUCUCAUUAGAAAUGGUUAAGUCCAGCUUGGGCUGCAGAUAAAUGGAAAAAAUGCAAGCAAUUUGUAAAAUAAACAUUUUUUAAAGUCUUAUCCACUACUAGGUUAAAUAAUUUGAAAUGGCGGUAGGGUAUUUUUAAAUCCUAAAAUGAACUGUGCACAAUGAGCUUUUACUACAGGGUUGUGAUUUUUUUAAAUUAUGCGAAAUUUUAUGUUUCAUAGGUUGAGGCUGUUUCUCUUGUAAAGAUGAAUGUGUGCGUUGAAAUGGAAGUUAAUGCUUCUUGACAGAAUGCGGCAGUUGAAAAUAAGUUACCUUGCUCCUCAGAAACAAAAUGUCUAAAAUAAUAAUUAGACCUUUAACAACCUUCAGUUCAGCACAGAAGUAUUUGCUGAUUGAAGGUGUGUUCAGCAAGAAAAUGAAUGCACACAAAUAAAGUGAAGAGAUUCAAGCACUAUAUACCUGUGAUAAAUGUAUUCAUUACCUGUUGCCUUCAUUGUUUCAAGCAUUUGUUUAUAUCCCUUUAACUAACAUCAUCUAAACAAGCAAAUGUUUGAGAGAUGUCAACUGUGAGAUUGCUUAUCAGCAGCUUUCCACUUGUUCCAAGAACUGUUCUCUUGUUAAAUAAGCUCAGUGCAGGAAUGUCCUUAUGGCUGAGGCAUAGCAUCUUUGGAGACUGAUGUGAAAAUUACCAAAAUGAAAACCUGUGAAUUGGUGCAUCAUCAAGAGGUAAAAUAAAUGAAACUGACCUUUAUAAAAAACAGUUAUUCUAAGUUAUUUUACUAGGAAUCAAGCUGGGGCACCUUAAUUCUGGGACUAACUCCUUUUUCUUUUUUUUCCUUUUUUUUUUUUGUUUUAUUCCUUCUUAGUAUCUGGGUAAACACCAAUAGAACUUGAACUGUUGAAGAUAUUUGCAUGAAAUUGCACCUGGGCCAGUGCUCAUGUAUUUAUAGUUUUGCCCAACAGCUGUUGUAUUACAUUUUCCUCUUCCUACUCCCUUCUGACAAUUUCCUGAAGAGUCUCUGACUCUGUGCCUACUUCAGCAAUGAGAUUUUUUUCAUGUAAAGAUGUUUGUGUUACUGUUUAUAAACUACAGUUGUAAAUAAACCAGUACAAUUUGAACAUAA